AUGAUUUCUCUCCCCAUCGCCCUUGGGGUCGGUCUUUUGGCGACCAUCGCAAAUGCAUUCACUUACGACCAGCCCUACCGUGGCCAAUACCAUUUCUCGCCCAAGGAACAUUGGAUGAAUGACCCCAAUGGACUCUUAUAUUAUGAUGGGACCUACCAUUUGUUCUUUCAGUACAACCCCGGAGGUAUUCAGUGGGGUAACAUGUCCUGGGGCCACGCCACCAGCAAGGAUCUCACCCACUGGGAGGAGCAGUCCAUUGCCCUCCUCGCUCGGGGAUAUGGUGGCAACGUCACCGAGAUGUACUUCAGUGGAAGCGCGGUCGUUGAUGUGGAUAACACCAGUGGCUUUGGAAAAGAUGGCAAGGUCCCUAUGGUUGCCAUGUACACUUCGAACUACCCUAUUGCGCAGACCCUGCCAAGUGGAAAGUACAUUCAGGAGAAUCAACAGGCCCAGUCCAUUGCCUACAGUCUUGACCAUGGUAUGACCUGGACCACGUACGAUGCCGCCAACCCAGUAAUCUAUCAACCUCCAGCCCCAUACCAGGAUCAGUACCAAAACUUCCGUGAUCCCUUCGUGUUCUGGCAUGAAGAGUCCCAAAAAUGGGUCGUCGUGACUACUCUGGCCGCAUUACACAAGCUCGCAAUUUACACUUCUGACAACCUCAAGGACUGGAAGCUGGCGAGUGAAUUCGGUCCUUACAACGCGCAAGGCGGCGUUUGGGAGUGUCCUGGACUUUUCCAGCUUCCCCUCGAUGGAGGGAAAUCUACGAAAUGGGUCAUCACGAGCGGAAUUAACCCCGGCGGUCCCCGGGCACUGUUGUACUUCGUGGGCGAAUUUGACGGGAUCACCUUCACGCCUGACGACUAUAGUGUGUAUCCCGGAAAUGCCACUGCCAACUGGAUGGACUGGGGCCCAGACUACUAUGCGUCGGCUGGCUAUAAUGGCCUCGCUGCUGACGACUACGUCCAAAUCGGAUGGAUGAACAAUUGGCAGUAUGGAACGAACAUUCCCACCAGCCCCUGGCGCAGCUCUAUGUCUAUUCCUCGACACCUGUCCCUCAAGACCAUCGGUGCUAAAGCCCUUCUCAUUCAGCAGCCUCAGGAAGCCUGGUCCUCUAUUGUGAAGAAGCAUCCAGCCUACUCACACUCAUACAACAGUAUCCCACAAGGCUCCGUUAAAGUGGGCACUACUGGAGAGACGAUAAAGCUCGACUUGAGCUUCUCUGCUGCUUCGACGGCUUCAAAGUUUGCCAUUGCCGUUCGAGCCUCCGCAGACUUCACCGAGCAGACGCUUGUCGGCUACGACUUUGUUAAUAAGGAGGUCUUCAUUGAUCGCACCAAGUCUGGAGAUGUGUCAUUUGACACGACUUUCGCGAGCGUCUACCGCGGGCCCCUCACGCCUAAUAAUAAUGGCAUGGUCAAACUGACCGUCUUCGUUGAUCGGUCUAGUGUGGAAGUCUUCGGCGGUCAGGGUGAGACUACCUUGACGGCUCAAAUAUUUCCAAGCAGCGACGCGCUUCACGCCCGGCUGGUAUCAACUGGUGGAGCUACUAAAAGGGUUGAUCUCAAAGUCUAUAAUGUCGCCUCGACUUGGAUCUAG